AUGGCCGACAAUGGCAGCCCAGAGCGGCGCCGGACUCGACGGACGAGCGCCAUGUACCGCCGUGGCUCACACUUGAGCGAGGCAAGCUUCAUGGAAGACGUCGAGAUGGCCCAAGAUGAGGUAUUCGAACUCGGUCCCAUGAUGCCCUUGUCCCACACCACAUACGCGCGCCAGCACCACCAUCACCGCACCCGCCGAAGAAAGAGGCCUGGUCAGCAGCUGACAAAAACAACACAGGUCUUCUCCGGCCCUAUGAGUGAGAGCGUACCCACGAGUGUCUCCGCCUUUUCCCACCGCCGGAGGAACAGAGCCGACUCAACAGCCAGCUUGACGAGCUUUGCCUACUACGACGAGGAGCAAGACUCUGAGCAGGGCACCGAAGACGAAGACAGUGCCAUCCUGGAAGAUGGGGACAGUGACUAUAAUGCCUACACGGCCGAAGAGCUCGAGGAUAUGGAGGCCGGUCUGUCGUCGCAGUCGUCAUCCUCGCCGUCGCGGCGCAAGUCGAGUGGCAGUAGGAAAUCAGUAGACAGGCCGCUUUUGCGGAGACACUCGUCCGCAGGAAGCACAGGGUCUGGUGUAGACUGGAGAGGAAGAAGGUCGAACCAGAAGAUCUACAUCAUGACCGAGGACCUGACCAUUGUCGUCGCCGGCUUCAAGACGUCGCCCAUUGGGUUCGCCGUAUACACUACCAUCUGCAUUGCUACUUUGGGACUUGGCUGGCUUUUCCUUAGAUGGUUACCUAGAUGGAGGGUAGCUAUUAUAGGAAAGUCCACACCUCUGAAAGAGUGCGACUGGGUCGUCAUUGAGAACCAGUGGGGAGAGUUUGCCUUGCAACAUGUCAGCCGACAGACUUAUGGCCGAUCGCUGUCCACGGUUUUUGGAGAAUCUGAAAAGGGCCGUCUUGGACACUGGGAUGAAGAGGAAGACCCCCUCAUCAAAGAAUUGUGCUGUCUCGACUACCGCUAUAUUCGCUUCGUAUACCACCCGCUCAAGGACAAAUUUGUCCUGGCCAAUACCUGGAAAGAUCCCACCUGGACAGAAGUCUCCGCCCUUCGUGAAGGUCUCGACAACGAUGAACGCGACUAUCGUGAGCUAGUGUUUGGGAAGAACAUGAUCGAUAUUGCCGAGAAGACUGUUGGUCAGCUAUUGGUCGAUGAGGUCUUCCAUCCCUUCUACAUCUUCCAGAUUGCUAGUUUGGUGCUCUGGUCGAUUGACGAAUACUACUACUAUGCCUGCGCCAUCUUCAUCAUCUCAGCCGUCAGUAUCGUCACCACACUGAUGGAAACAAAAGCUUCGAUGAGGAGAUUACGGGAGGUUUCCAGGUUCGAAUGCGAAGUCCGUGUGUUGCGGAGUGGAUUCUGGACCCAUGUGGAUUCCACUGUGCUAGUCCCUGGAGAUGUCUACGAAGUCACUGACCCUGCGCUCGCCGUCCUGCCCUGUGACAGUCUUCUCCUUUCUGGCGACUGCAUUGUCAACGAGAGCAUGUUGACUGGCGAGUCUAUUCCAGUCUCAAAGGUUCCAGUUUCCAAUCAGUCGCUCGACCUGCUCGAUCUCAGCGCUUCUGCAGUACAUCCCGAGGUAGCACGGCACAUGCUCUUUAGCGGAACGAAGAUCAUCCGCGCUCGCAGGCCACAUGAAGACCAUGAAGAUGAUGAAGCCGCUGCACUCGCCAUGGUUGUUCGCACCGGCUUCAAUACCACCAAGGGCGCACUUGUACGCUCUAUGCUCUUUCCAAAGCCAUCGGGGUUCAAAUUUUACCGCGAUUCUUUCCGCUACAUUUCCGUCAUGGCUUUCAUUGCAAUGAUCGGGUUUGUUGCAUCCUUUAUCAACUUUGUCCAUCUCGGCCUUGCGUGGCACUUGAUCGUGGUGCGCGCUCUCGACUUGAUUACUAUCGUUGUGCCUCCUGCAUUGCCAGCAACCCUGACCAUUGGAACGAGCUUCGCCCUAUCUCGCCUUAAGAAAAAGCAGAUUUUCUGCAUCAGUCCUCAACGAGUCAAUGUUGGUGGCAAGCUAGAUGUUGUCUGCUUUGACAAGACGGGCACCCUGACAGAAGAGGGCUUGGAUGUGCUGGGCGUCCGUGUAGUCGAACGACCAAGGAACCGGUUCAGUGAACUCCUUGCCGACCCUUACGACAUUUUACCUUCUUCGCUCCAUGAUCGUGACCCCACUGUGGAAUACUUGGCCCACAAGACUAUACUAUACACCAUGGCAACUUGUCACUCUUUGCGCAAGAUUGACGACGAACUUCUCGGAGACCCACUCGAUGUCAAGAUGUUCGAUUUCACUGGCUGGAACUAUGAGGAAGGAGAACAAAAGUCUGGAAAUUCACAUGAAGAGGACCCUGAACAGAAGCUUACCCCGUCGGUUGCGCGCCCACCCGCCGGCCGCGAAUAUGAUGUGGAUGACAGUGAGGACGACCCCGAUAGAAAGCCUAUUGAACUUGGCGUGCUCAAAUCCUUCGAGUUUGUAUCGCAGCUUAGGCGUGCAAGUGUCAUUGUCCGGCAGUUUGGCUCAAAGAGUGGCCAAAUCUAUGUCAAGGGAGCACCAGAAGUGAUGAAGGAGAUCUGUCGACCAGAGACCUUUCCAUCCGACUACGAAGAACUCCUUGCUUUCUAUACACACCGCGGUUUCCGUGUCAUCGCAUGUGCUAGCAAGUCGAUUGCCAAGCUCAACUGGCUCAAGGUUCAGAAGAUGAAGAGAGAGGAGGCUGAGAGCGAACUUGACUUUGUUGGCUUCAUCAUUUUCGAGAACAAGCUCAAGGACAGUACUGCUCCUGUGAUUGAAGAGCUUGAGCGUGCCAACAUUCGAAAGACCAUGUGCACUGGCGACAAUAUCCUAACUGCAAUCAGUGUUGCUCGCGAGUGUGGGCUCAUCAACAAGACGGCCCAUUGCUUUGUGCCGCAUUUUGUGGAAGGUGAUUCGCGGACUGCAUUGUCAAGAUUGGCGUGGCAGUCUGUCGACGACCCCAUGUUCAAGCUCGAUGAGAACACGCUCAAGCCGCUGCCACCGCCACCAGAGGCAGACGUCUCUCUGCCUUACGACAUCUCCAACCUUCGCAACUACAGUCUGGCUGUCAGCGGCGAUGUCUUCCGCUGGAUCAUCGAUUUCGCUUCCGAGAAUGUCCUCCGUGAGAUGCUCGUCUGCGGUCAAGUCUUUGCUCGCAUGUCCCCCGAUGAGAAGCACGAGCUCGUAGAGAAACUCCAGUCCAUCGACUACUGCGUCGGCUUCUGUGGCGACGGUGCCAACGACUGCGGUGCCCUCAAAGCCGCCGACGUAGGCAUCUCGCUCUCUGAGGCAGAAGCCUCUGUCGCUGCACCUUUUACGUCUCGCCAAUUUGACAUCAGCUGCGUUCCUCAAGUCAUCAAGGAAGGUCGCGCCGCGCUCGUCACCAGCUUCAGUUGCUUCAAAUACAUGAGCUUGUACAGCGCGAUCCAAUUCUGCACCGUGUCCUUUUUGUAUGCCAGCGCCUCCAACCUGGGCGACUUCCAAUUCCUCUUCAUCGACUUGCUGCUCAUCCUCCCCAUUGCCAUCUUCAUGGGCUGGUCCGGUGCAUACCCGAUCCUCUCGCGCAAGCGCCCCACGGCCAACCUGGUCAGCAGAAAGGUGCUCACUCCACUGCUAGGACAAAUGGUCCUCUGCAUCCUCGUGCAAUUCAUCGCCUUCCACUACGUCCAGUUGCAGAAAUGGUACCAACCCCCAAUCAUCGACCCCAACCACAGCAAUUCCCUCAACAGCCAAAACACAGCCCUAUUCUUGCUAUCCUGCUUCCAAUACAUUCUCUCCGCCGUCGUCCUCAGCAUCGGAAAACCGUACCGCGAACCCAUGUCGCGCAACCUGCCCUUUAUCACCACCAUCUUCGUCACCCUCGCCAUCACCGCCUACAUGCUCUUCGACCCCGCCGACUGGGUCAUGAAGUGGAUGGAGCUGACGUACAUGGACAAUGGAUUCAAGAUCUUCCUCCUCGUACUCGGGCUUGCCAAUUUCGCGGCCGCCUACCUGAGCGAGCAUUAUUUCUUUCCGGGGCUGGCCAAGUGGAUUGGCGUGCUGAAGGUUCGGGUGGGUGGGGAGCACUGGCGCAAGCAGAGGAAGGCAUAUAAGGUUAUUGCGGAGAGGGCGAGGAUGUAG